AUGACGAUUGGCGUUCACGCCGCUGUGAGUGGCGCGCCUCGUGACCUCUACGCCGCGGAAGAGAUCGCGUUUGAAGCAGUCCGGUCGCGCAUGCUUGCCGCACGGGUCCAGGGAGCCUGGAUACUGACCACGUACGGGUCCUGCGCCAAGCUCUGGAGCCUCGCGAACCCAUCGCUGUCGCCGGAGGAGGUACUCAUCCGCGCCGUGUUCCCCCGGAGCAAUGCGCGCGGUGAACCGAACUCGUACUUUGACCUGAGUGACCAUUGUUUCGAGUGGGAGAAAAUCUUUGGCCUCCUUAGACUGCGUCGGUGUCUCACACCUGCGUUUGCAAACAGACUGUUUAGCGACGGAUUGGUAGACUUUGUGGUUGACCCCUCCUAUGCAACCCAGAUCUCUGAUCUGCAGUAUCUGCGGCCUGACGAAGACACAAUCACGGCCAUGUGGCCGGGCGGCAGCCGCAUAGUGUUGCCCCACGUCACUGUCAUCCGUGCCGUCAUCUGGACCGGGUCGGAGAUGAAAAGCUGCUGGUCGCUCACCGGCCCCCGAUUCGUCCCCCCCCAGUCUGGGCAGUAUGGUUGGACGCGGUGGCAAACAUCCGAGGUUGUGCGCUACUGGUCUUGGGACCAUCCACGAAGGUAA